UGUUUUUUAAUUUAUGCUAACUAACGUUAAGCUAACCUACAACAAUAGUGGAGCAGUACGUUGACAACAACGACGACGACGACGACGACGCGACUGCAACUUUACAAAACUCGAUUUGUAAUUGCGGUAAGAAGAGAACUUCUUACCAAUGAUUUCGUUGGUGCAAAUGAAAUUCCAUGCGCUGCUUCUGCUGCUAUCGAAGGUUUGGACAUGCAUUUGUUUCAUGUUCAAUCGACAAGUGCGAGCUUUUAUCCAGUAUCAGCCGGUUAAAUAUGAACAAUUCCCGCUGUCACCGGUAUCCCGCCAUCGCCUCAGCCUGGUGCAGCGAAAAACCUUGGUGCUGGAUCUGGACGAGACGCUGAUACACUCUCAUCACAAUGCCAUGCCAAGGAAUACGGUAAAGCCUGGCACGCCGCACGAUUUCACCGUCAAAGUGACUAUCGACAGGCAUCCAGUGAGGUUCUUUGUGCACAAGCGGCCGCAUGUUGAUUACUUUUUGGAAGUGGUAUCGCAGUGGUAUGAUCUGGUUGUCUUUACGGCCAGCAUGGAGAUCUACGGGGCUGCUGUGGCCGACAAACUUGACAAUGGCCGCAAUAUACUGCGGCGUCGUUACUACAGACAACACUGCACGCCCGACUAUGGCUCCUAUACCAAAGAUUUGUCAGCCAUAUGCAGUGAUUUGAAUAGGAUAUUUAUAAUUGACAAUUCACCAGGGGCAUACCGUUGUUUUCCAAACAAUGCAAUACCCAUUAAAAGUUGGUUCUCCGAUCCAAUGGAUACGGCACUGUUAUCCCUGCUCCCCAUGCUGGACGCGUUGCGAUUCACUAACGAUGUGCGUUCGGUAUUAUCACGAAAUCUUCACCUGCAUCGCCUUUGGUAGCGGGUGUGCCGCCACCAAAUGUAGCUUAUGCACUAAGCAAAUGCGUUCGAAAAGUUAUAAAUAACAACUGCAAUUAACGUUUUACAACAAUUGAAUUAAUAACAACAACAAAAACAACAUGAAUGAAUGGUGGUGCUGUGACACAACGAAUUUUUUUUCAGUACGAUUAUACUAAAUAAUAGACGAGACAUGAUUGUAAUAGAGCAAUACUUUAUCUACUUCACUUCACAAUUAUUGCAAAUUUUGUAAUUUCAACAAACCAAACCCUUCCUCUUUUUUUUUUAUUUUUUAUUUUGAUCAUUAUUAUUGAUGAAUUGUUUUCAUGCGUGUGUACGUGUGCUAGAAAACUAGAAAAUGCAACAAAUUUUCGCGUUAUUUGUACUAUACGAAAGAGGCCAGUCUCUAACACACACACAGUAUGUUAAAAGAAAAGUUACAACUAAACUAGAAAAAAACAAGCUGAUAAAAUAUCAAUCUAGAUAUACAUAUAUACAUAUAUAUGCAUAUGCAUAUAUACAAUAUAUACAAUCUAAGCUAAGCAA